AUUGAGUCAUGGAAAUUUUCAAAAGUUUCCAGAAAGAAAUUGAGAUUUUCAAUAAAAGUAAAGCCCAGGAAUCUUUUGGUGAGCUCAUAUACAGGGUAGGUUCCAAUUUGGCAGAUUGUUGCAUACAAUUCAACCAUGCUCACCUAAGCGCGUUGAAUAAUACCACCCACCACAAAAAAAAUGUCGCAUUCCGUCAGCUUCAUCAUCAAGAUCAUCUUCCUCUUCGUCUUACUAAUUAUACCAACAAGCUUCAAAAUAAUCUUGCUCAUAACUAUUAGGCCAUCACAUUUUCUCCAUGUACAUCCUUCUUAGAUUCAAGCACAGUGCCUGACCCCCACCAUGCAGCUGAAACACCUUUGUGUCAUUUUACCUGCAGAUUCUGCAGAGUUUAAGCAUCACCCACCAUCAAAAGUCAACCAAUCUUCCCAGGGAGAAACCAAGGUGAAGAAACAUCACAGGGCUUGUGGGGGUCAAGUUCUUGCCUUCUUUCGUUAUUCUCUAAGCAAAUUAUAUGGCACAAACUGUUCGAGGUUUUUCCACAAUGAAGUGGGGAAAGGGAAACAGGGCUCGGUCGUGCUGUUUCAUGACAUGGAUGGAGUACAACUCUCUGCCAAGAUUGGUGGGGACAGCCCAAGAAUCUUCGGCUUUGCUGAGCUUUUCAUAGGGUCUAAUGGUUUCAGUGAGGAUCAUGUUCUGGGAAGUGGAGGUUUUGGCAAAGUGUACAAGGCUGUUUUGCCCAGUGAUGGAACAGAAGUUGCUGUGAAAUGUUGCUUAGCAGAGAAAGGACAGCAAUUUGAGAAGACUUUUGCUGCUGAGUUAGCAGCUGUGGCCCAUCUUCGACACAAGAACCUUGUCAGGCUCAGGGGUUGGUGUGUUCAUGAAGAUCAGUUGUACCUUGUCUAUGAUUACAUGCCUAACCUCAGCCUUGACCGCGUACUCUUUCGCCGGCCUGAGAAUCCAGAUGCUGAGCCUCUUGGUUGGGGAAGGCGCGCGAAAAUUAUUAAAGGCUUGGCAGCUGCAUUAUACUAUCUUCAUGAGCAGCUAGAGACUCAGAUCAUUCAUAGGGAUGUGAAAACCAGCAAUGUGAUGCUUGACUCCCAAUAUAAUGCUCGGUUGGGUGACUUUGGCUUGGCAAGGUGGCUAGAACAUGAGCUUGAGUAUCAUCAAAGUAGGAAAACAUCAACCAAAAUCGACCCUUUCAGGUUGGCAGAGACAACAAGAAUUGGUGGCACAAUUGGGUACUUGCCCCCUGAGAGUUUCCAGAAAAAAAGCAUCGCCACUUCAAAAUCUGAUGUGUUCAGCUUUGGCAUAGUUGUGCUGGAAGUGGCAUCUGGAAGGAGAGCUAUUGACCUUGCGUACCCUGAUGAUAAGAUCAUUUUGCUUGACUUCGUCAGAAGGCUUUCUGAUGAGAGAAAGCUCCUAGCAGCAGGGGAUACUCGGCUUCCAGAUGGUUCUUACAAGCUUUCUGAGAUGGAACAUUUGCUUCACAUAGGCCUUCUUUGUACACUCCAUGAACCACAAUCAAGGCCUAGCAUGAAGUGGAUUGUAGAAGCACUUUCUGACGUUUCAAGGCCAUUGCCAGCUCUUCCUUCUUUCCAUUCCCACCCUCUAUAUAUUACUCUAUCAUCUCCAUCUGAUACAAGCCUUAGCAGCACAAAUGGCUCUAGCACUGUCACUGACAAUGUCAGCACAAUCACCAACUAUUCUUCAUCCAACUAUGUCACGGCAAAUGGGAGAACAAUAUACAUGACUGCAGAAGAUAGAAACAGUGGAAUCUCCUCUGCAAAGAGCAUGUAUCGCCACACAUCAUUUCCUGUGGUUGAAGCUCCAAGGGAAAUAUCAUACAAGGAGCUUGUCUUGGCUACAGAUCAUUUUUCAGAGUCAAGGAAGGUAGCUGAGCUAGACUUUGGAACUGCCUACCAUGGCAUCCUUGAGGAUCGUUACCAUGUCAUGGUGAAACGCCUUGGAAUGAAGACUUGCCCAGCACUGCGUGAAAGAUUCUCUAAUGAACUGCGAAAUCUAGCAAGACUUCGCCACCGGAAUCUGGUUCAGCUUCGAGGAUGGUGUACUGAGCAAGGGGAAAUGCUUGUUGUGUAUGAUUACUCCGCAGCAAGACUUCUCAGUCACCAUCUUCUGCAUCAUUAUAAUCAUAGAGAUGGGUGUUCUGUCCUGCACUGGCAUCAUAGAUACAAUAUAAUAAAAUCUCUAGCUUCUGGCAUUCUUUAUCUUCAUGAGGAAUGGGAAGAACAUGUAAUUCAUAGGAACAUCACUUCUUCAGCUGUGGUCCUUGAGCCGGAUAUGAACCCAAGACUCAGCAGUUUUGCCCUGGCUGAAUUUUUGACCCGGAAUGAGCAUGGCCAUCAUGUAAUCAAAGACACCAGCAAAUCAGUUCGAGGGAUUUUUGGCUACAUGUCACCGGAAUAUAUGGAAUCCGGUGAAGCUACCUCUGCAGCUGAUGUCUACAGUUUUGGUGUGGUGAUACUUGAAGUUAUCAGUGGACAGAUGGCAGUGGACUUUAGGCAGCCCGAGGUGCUAUUGGUGAAGAAGGUUCAUGAAUUUGAGACGAGAAAAAGACCACUGCAGGAUUUAGCAGACAUGAGGCUCAAUGGAGAGUACAAUUACAAAGAACUGAUGAGAUUGGUGAAGCUAGGAAUUGCAUGCACCCGGUCUGACCCGCAGUUAAGACCAAGCAUGAGACAAAUAGUAAGCAUCCUCGAUGGAAAUGACAGAUUGAUCGUGGAAAAAAACCAGAAAGAGAGCACGGAAGAAUGGAAACAAAGGAAUGCUUAUUCUUUGUCCUUGAUCAGGAGAAUCCAGGCUCUCGGAAUACGUUGAGAAUUUAUUCAACACAAUGAUGUAAAAUGUGUUUUAGGAGUUUGUAAACUUUGUAUUGAUUAAGCUUUUUCUUAUUCGUCA